AUGCAGAAAGAUAAACAACAUAUACCUUCAAGAGGGCAUAACAACAGUGAUUCAAGUAUGGAAUCACCCAAGGAGAUCUCAAAUUCAGAAAGUACACAUAUAGGUUCUGCAAUCAGGGAAAAACAUAGGGAGGAAAAAUACACAGACAAUGCUGAAAUGAAAUUUAACAUGGAGAACAAGGAGGAUAACACAAUUGUACAAGAAGAAGAACACCACAAGGUGAGAGGUACACCAAAUGGAAAAACUCCCAGAAUAGACAAGAUGCAGCUUAUAGAAGUGAAUAAAAAGCAAGAUGAAGAGGAAGAAGAUGACAUGGAGAAUGAAUUGAAGUUUACAGGAAGUUGUUACACUUGGUGGAAUGGACGAAUUGAGGAGGACUGCAUUUUCAAAAGACUAGAUAGAGUUUUUGGAAACAAUGAAUUCAUGAACACUUUCCAAGGAAGUGAGGUUCAUCACUUGAUAAAGGAAGGGUUUGAACAUGCCUCUUUACAUGUGAGGUGCAAUAAUGUACAGGAGCAGAUCAGAAAACCAUUCAGAUUCUUGAACUUUUGGGUCAAGCACAAAGAUUUUGUUAAAGUGGUAGCCACAUUAGAAGAUGUGAUAAAAGCUAAGGAAGCUCAACUGAAAAUAAAUCUAACCACAGAAAAUAGGAUUGGUUUAAAAAAGGCAGAAGCUGACUUAAAAAGGUACAUCCACAUAGAGGAGGAAUACUGGAAACAGAAGAGGGAUUUAAUUUCUUCCACAGAAAAUAUUGGAGAGGAGGCAAUCAAUGUGUUUAGAGAACAGUUUACAGAAACAAAUGAACCCACAGACUACACCAUGUUGGAGAAUAUUCCAAACAUAAUAUCCAAUGAGCAUAAUGAAGAGAUAGAGAGGCUACCAACAGAAGAUGAGGUUAAAAAUGUGAUUUUUGCUCUAAAUGGGGAUAGUGCAAGUGGUCCGGAUGGAUACUCUGGUCAAUUUUUUCAGAGUUGUUGGGAGAUUGUGAAACAGGACAUCAUUAACAUGGUAAAAGCAUUCUACUGUGGAAUGGAGAUGCCAAGGUUCAUUACACACACAAAUCUGAUCUUAAUUCCCAAAAUGGAGACAAUGAACAAUUUUGGGGAUUUAAGACCAAUUAGUCUUAGCAUCUUCACCAACAAAAUUAUUACAAGAAUGCUCCAUGAAAGGUUGGUUCCAGUUCUACCAGUUAUUAUAUCAAGGAACCAGUCAGGAUUCAUAAAAGGGAGGAGUAUAACUGAAAAUGUCCUACUGGCUCAGGAGAUUGUGAGGGAUAUUAAUGGGAGGAAUAAAUUUCACAAUGUGGUGGUGAAAUUGGACAUGGCAAAAACAUAUGAUAGGGUAUCCUGGAAGUAUUUGGUAAAAGGACUAAGGAAAUUUGGGUUCUCAGAAAGAAUCAUAGAUAUGGUGGUAAGAGUGAUCUCCAAUAACUGGUACUCAGUGAAUGAAUGGGGAGAAUUUUGGUUUCUUGGUGAUCAUUUGUCACCCACUUUAUUCAUCAUAGCUGCAGCCAGGAGCCUCAACAAAUUAUUUAAAGAUCCAGAGUUUAAAGGGACUUCCACAUCAUCAUUAUGGACCACAUAUAUGUGGAAUAAAUAUUGUAAGAAGCAUCAUCCUAUCAUUGCUCAAGGUUUUGGGGCAUCACAUGUGUGGAGGAAAAUGGUUCUAAUUAGAGAAGAGGUGGAGCAUGAAAUAUGGUGGCAGAUAAAGACAGGAUCUUCUAGCUUUUGGUUUGAUAAAUGGACCAAGUUAAGGUCCCUGUACUAUUUGGAGGAAGAGGCAAUGGAGGAAGAGAUUGAAGUAAAAGAGUUUAUUACAGAGAGAGGGUGGAAUAGGCAACUAUUAUGGGUGAAAUUAUCUAUUGAAAUGACUGAUCACAUCAUGGAUAACAUAAAAAUGACAAACACACAGUAUGGCAAUGAUGUAUCUUGGUGGAUGGGCAACACACAUGGGAGGUUUACUGUAAAGUCUGCUUGGAAUCUAAUGCGAAACAAGCAUGAGAUGAGAAAGGAGUAUGAGUUGAUCUGGAAAAAGGAGCUCCCCUUUAAAUUCAGCUUCUUUAUGUGGAGGGUGUGGAAAAGAAGAAUUGUAACUGAUGACAAUCUGAAAAAAAUGAAGAUUAACAUAAUAUCAAGAUGUUGGUGUUGUCAGAACAAGAAGGAGGAAACAAUGACCCGCUUAUUUCUAACAGGCCUCAUAGCAAAUAAGCUAUGA